AUGUCUUCCCGGCCUCAGAACAUCGGCAUCAAAGCCAUUGAGAUUUACUUCCCAAGCCAGUGCGUUGAUCAAGCUGAGCUCGAGAAGUUUGAUGGAGUCAGUCAGGGCAAAUACACCAUUGGCCUUGGCCAGACCAAGAUGAGUUUCUGUGAUGAUAGAGAAGACAUCUACUCCAUAUGCUUGACCACUGUUGCUUCUCUCCUCCGCAAAUAUUCCAUCGACCCAAAGUCGAUUGGACGCCUUGAGGUUGGCACGGAGACCAUGCUUGACAAGUCCAAGUCGGUCAAGUCAGUGCUCAUGCAGCUCUUUGCACCCUCUGGCAACACCAACGUCGAGGGUGUAGAUACCGUCAACGCUUGCUACGGUGGCACCAAUGCUCUCCUCAACACCGUCAAUUGGGUAGAGUCCUCUGGUUGGGAUGGCAGAGACGCCAUUGUCGUGGCUGGCGACAUUGCGCUGUAUAAGAAGGGCAACGCUCGUCCAACCGGUGGUGCCGGCUGUGUUGCCAUGCUCGUUGGUCCAGAUGCUCCUAUCGUCUUUGAGCCAGGUCUCAGGGGGACCUACAUCACCCAUGCAUAUGACUUCUACAAGCCUGACCUUACCAGCGAAUACCCUUAUGUUGACGGUCACUACUCCAUAAGGUGCUACACUGAAGCUGUGGACGCCUGCUACAAGGCUUACAACGCCAGAGAGAAGGUCCUCAAGGGCCAGAACGGCGAUUCAAACGGUGUUGUCGAUGAGACCAGGACCCCUCUCGACCGCUUUGACCACAUUCUUUUCCAUGCCCCUACCUGCAAGCUUGUUGCCAAGUCCUAUGGACGACUUCUCUACAACGACUAUCUCGAAAACCCAGACCACCCUUGCUUCGCCGAAGUUGCUCCUGAGGUUCGCAACCUCGACUACGAAAAGUCCGUCACCGACAAGACCGUUGAAAAGACUUUCAUGGCCCUGUCCAAGAAGCGAUUUAACGAGCGUGUCCUUCCUUCCAUCGAAGUCGCUACUCAGUGUGGAAACAUGUACUGUGCCAGCGUUUACGGAGGACUCGUCAGCUUACUCAGCAGGGUUCCCUUCGACCCUGCGCACCCCAAGCGCGUGGGUGUCUUCAGCUACGGAAGCGGCCUGGCUAGCUCCAUGUUCAGUGUCAAGAUUGUUGGCGAUGUGUCAACCAUCGUCAAGCAGUUGGACCUGCAAAAACGCCUUGAUGCCAGGCGUGUCGUCGAUCCCCAGGUUUACGAUGAUAUGUGCCUGCUUCGUGAAAAGGCUCACCUGCAGAAGAACUUCACCCCCGUUGGUAGCAUUGACAACAUCGUCCCUGGAACUUACUACCUUACCAAGGUUGAUGACAUGUUCCGAAGGGAGUAUGCAGUCAAGGCUUAA